GACUCUGCGUUAUAGUGCCCAUUCUCUGUUCAACAAUAUAUUCAAUCAAGUCUUUUUUGCCACUUAAAGUAUUUUUGCAGAAGUGUAAGCUGCCCUUUUGCCCAUGUCUCUGCUGAAAAACACAUUGUUACUGUUAAUUCGACUUUUUACCUGGAUAAAUAAAGGCUAUAUAAAACUCACUUUACAAGAAGCACACUACAAUUUCUAACCUGUGGCAGGAUUGUUCUUUCUUCCUCAAAAUGAGAGAUAUGCUUGAUAGAUUAUAACAAGUAACUUACAACAGUUUAAAUACUGUUUAAAUACAGGCUAAAUGGUUAGAUUUGUUUACAUAUUCCAUCUCCGAGUUCCAGAUGUUAGAUCCGCAGUUAAACACAUGCUGCUGAUUUAGGAAACACGCCCACGUUAAUUGGUGAUAGUCACAGUUUAACAUGGGCUGCUGCCUUCCCAGUAAAAGCUUCAACCCUCCGGAGAACCGCCUGAGUCUGAUUCCACCGGCUCUGCUCAGGGAUUUAGGAUACAGUGAUGAGACCACGCUGAUCCUGGACGUGGGCUGUAACUCAGGGGAACUGAGCGGAGCUUUCUACAAACAUCUGGUGCCUGAGGAACAGUCUGAUAGGAGGAAAGUUCACCUCCUGGGCUUCGACUUGGAUGAAACUCUUGUUCAGCGAGCGCAGGAGAUAAACCCUCUGCCAAGCAGAAUCACCUUCAUCCCUCUCGACAUCACCAAAGACACCAACCAGCUUCAGGACUACCUCAGCCAGCACGGUUGCUCCCACUUCCACUUGUGUCUGUGUCUAGCUGUGACCAUGUGGGUCCAUUUAAACCACGGAGACUCAGGCCUGCUGCAGCUGCUCUCUCGCCUGUCCUCCAUGAGCCAGCACCUCCUGCUGGAGGCCCAGCCCUGGAAGUGUUAUCGCUCUGCAGCCCGGCGGCUGAGGAAGCUGGGACGCUCGGACUUUGACCACUUUAAGACCCUGAAGAUCCAAGGGGAUGUGGCGGAUCAUGCCAGGGAACACCUGGAAAGACACUGUGGCAUGGAGCUAAUCCAGAGCUUUGGCAGCACUGCAUGGGACCGUAAGCUGCUGCUUUUCAGAAAGACGUGAGGGGCUCUGUCAGGAGUUCCCAUCAGCAGGAAGGACAGCAGAAACCAUAAAGACAGAUUGAUAUUAAUCAGCAAUUAGUUUGUUUCUAUUAAAGAAAAUUGCUGCUUCAAAUCUAAAGAUUUUAAAGAAGUGAUAAUAAAUGGACUUUGUGCUCAUAUAGAGUGCAAACAAGUGUA